CCAACUAUACCAAGACCUGGUCCAGUUCCUUUACUCUUACACCCAUAUCCAAUAUAGCUCCUUUCCAGUCUCCAUGCUCUUCAUUUGAGAUCAUGAACAGACAACCCCCAGCUAAGAAAAAAACAGGCAAGCCCCCAUCACUACAUUUAAAAAGCAUCAACCGCCCUCUAUAUUUUGCUUCACCCAUCUUCCCCAUCUCCUCCUCCCUUCUCUCUGUCUCUCUCUGUCUCAACACCCACCAUGUAUAAUCUCAGAAAAAGAAGUAAACUCUUGUUUACUCUAUUACCCAUUUCAGCCAUUGUCUUAAUCCUACUCUCCUCAGUAACCCAUUUGAAAAGGAGCCCCAAAACCACUGAUAUCCCGCUCAUACAUUUUCACAAACACAUCCAAGUAGCCCACUCAACAUGCCAAGGAACACUCUACCCACACAUAUGCGUCUCAACCCUCUCUUCCUUCCCAGAUCUUGCUUCCAAAUCACUCCCGGAGAUAAUCUCAGCCAAUGUAAACCACACCAUGUACGAGGUGAAAGCAACCUCCAAAAACUGCACCAGCCUCCGAAAGAAGCUCAAGAAUCGUCUCGAUCUCUUUCAAAAGAGAUCUCUCGACGAUUGCCUUGAGCUUUUCGACGACACCAUUGCCGAGCUUAUCACAACUCUCUCCGAUCUCAUCCCUCAGAAAUCAACCUCCACGCAUUUCCAUGACUUACAAACGUUGUUAAGCGCCGCGAUGACCGACCAGCAGACGUGCCUUGACGAGUUGGUUUACAGCAAAGCAGGAGUCGGAGACGAAAUCAAGAACAGCUUGUCUAAGAUCUCUCACCACCUAAGUAACUCCUUGGUCUUGCUCAAGAGAAUCCCGCCUCCGGCGGUUAAAACAUCCAUGUCGUCCGAGGUUUUCCCCGAGUAUGGAGGCAUGAAACACGGGUUUCCAUCAUGGGUUUCUCCGAAAGAUCGAAAACUUUUACAAUCUUCGGUGAAUAAGACCAAAUAUGACUUGGUGGUGGCUAAGGAUGGCACUGGAAAUUUCACCACCAUUGGUGGGGCAGUGGCUGCAGCUCCAAACUCAAGCACAACCAGGUUUGUGAUAUACAUAAAGGCAGGGGCAUAUUUUGAGAAUGUGGAGGUAGAGAGGAAGAAGACCAAUUUGAUGUUCAUUGGUGAUGGGAUUGGAAAGACGGUCGUGAAAGCGAGUAGGAAUGUGGUGGAUGGGUGGACUACAUUCCAGUCAGCCACCGUAGCUGUGGUGGGGGAUGGAUUCAUAGCCAAGGGCAUAACCAUUGAGAACACAGCAGGGCCAAGCAAACAUCAAGCCGUGGCCUUAAGGAGCGGCUCAGAUUUGUCAGCAUUCUACAAAUGCAGCUUUGUUGGCUACCAAGACACCCUCUAUGUUUAUUCCCUCAGACAAUUUUACAGAGAAUGUGACGUCUACGGCACCGUUGACUUCAUCUUUGGCAACGCUGCUGUGGUACUCCAAAACUGCAACUUAUAUGCCCGCAAACCAAAUGAGAACCAAAAGAACAUUUUCACUGCACAAGGGAGACUUGACCCCAACCAAAACACUGGGAUCUCAAUCUUGAACUGCAAAGUCACGGCUGCAGCGGAUUUGAUUCCUGUCAAAUCAUCCUUCAAAACGUAUCUGGGCCGUCCAUGGAAAGAGUACUCUAGGACUGUUUUUCUUAGAUCAAACAUUGAUGAUCUGGUGGACCCGGCUGGAUGGUUAGAAUGGAAUGGCACGUUUGCAUUGAGCACCCUUUAUUAUGGGGAGUAUAAGAACCGAGGCCCAGGCUCAAAUACAAGUGCAAGAGUGACUUGGCCUGGUUAUAGGGUCAUCAACAGCUCAACCGAGGCAAGCCAGUUUACAGUGGGGGCUUUUAUACAGGGAAGUGAGUGGCUGAAUUCUACUAGUAUUCCUUACUUUCUCAAUUUGAGUUGAAGGCAGAAAAUUAAAGCCUCCUCUUUUGUUUUGGGAAAGGUUUAAAAUAAACUCUUGAGUAAACGUGUCAUUACAGUCUACUCCUUAGAUUUCUAAUUUUGAGUUUUAAAUUCUUGAAGUUAUUUGGAAGUUUUA